GCCCGUUCACUGCCGUUGUCAUGAUUGUCCUCUUCAUUUUACCGUUUCUGGUUUUUAUUUCUGCACCAGCAGCGCUAGAAAUUGAAGCUGGGAAUGAAAUUUCCAGAUUGAAAUCAUUAACGGGAAUUCAGAACAGCCAUCACCACAAAGAUACAGCGCACGAUCACUUUACUUGUCCUACUAAUCAAGGACGAUUUGCUCAUCCUAGUGACUGCGCCCUGUACUACGAAUGCAAGAAUGGAUGGCCCACCUUGAAGAAGUGCCGGAACAACCAAUUGUAUGAUGAAGAGAAAAGACAGUGCAAAGAUAAGCGGCGUGUUCAGUGCUACAAGGAUAACCAGGAUCAGGAUGACAAAGAUGUAAGCAAAGAGCUGGAUUUCAAAUGUCCUUAUAUAUGGGGCUCCUUUCCCCAUCCCGUGGACUGCUCAAAGUAUUACUUGUGCGUCUACAACGUCCCAGCCUUACUCAGCUGCGAAAAAUCGGAGCUCUAUCAUGAAAAAGCCCGGAAAUGUCUAGAUAAAAGGAAAGUGAAUUGUGGAUCUAGACUGGACAGAGAUGGCAAGUACAUAAUAAAAUUAAUCUUUAAUGAAUCUGCGUAG